AUGGCGCCGAAGUUUGACCCAAAUGAGGUGAAGGUGGUCUUUCUCAGACAGUACGGCGGUGAGCAGGCGCCGUCCUCGGUGUUGGCGCCGAAGGUCGGCCCCUUGGGCAUGUCACCCAAGAAGGUGGGCGAUGACAUCGUGAAGGGCACCAGCCAAUGGAAGGGCAUCCGAGUCACUGUGAAGCUGACGAUUCAGAACCGACAGGCCAAAGUGGACGUUGAGCCCAAUGCCACUAGUUUGAUCAUCAAGGCUUUGAAGGAGCCAUUGCGAGACAGGAAGAAGACCAAGAACAUCAAGCACACCGGCAACCUGACCAAGAAUGUGUUCUUGGACAUUGUGCGACAGAUGCGCAAGAAGAGCCUGGCAAAAGAGUUCAAGGGAACAGCCAAAGAGAUCCUCGGCACCUGCUUUGCGGUGGGCUGCACGGUGGAUGGCCAGAAACCUGGUUCCCUGCAGCAGGCCAUCGAUGAUGACGAGUGGGAGUUCAUCCCUCCAUUGCACUUCAUUCGUGGACUGAUCAGCAGAUCGAAGCGGCCCUACCCAUUACCAAGCUUGUACCGCGGACGAGUGGUUCACUUGAUCCGGGAUCCCGCCGAAUUGGCCGCCAGCGCCUUCCGCUUUCAUUCACGCCGGGCCCUUCGAGAAAACCCUCACUUUGCCGCCUUUCAUGGCUUGGGAUGCCAUGGUUGUUCCCACACGGUCUGGCACGACUUGUUUCGUCGUUGCGGCUACCGGUGCGGGUACUUGACACUCUUGCAGAAGAUCGGCAAUGCUUCUGUGCCGGAAGCAUUGGAACUGGAGUACGGCAGAUCCCACUCUUCCAUCCAAGCAAUGUUGCGAAACACCGAGCUCUUGAGCAAUGACUCCCGAGUGCUGCAUCUCUCGCCUGAGCAUUUCCGGCAGCCACACGUCGCUCAGACUCUUCGAUGCAUGGCGCAUUUUAUUUUGGGCCAUGGUCAUGGGGAUGCUUUGGUGGCUCCAGCUGAUAUCCUGGACAGCCUCACGAAGGAGAUGGUCAAAGAUUCGCAGUUGUGGCUGGCAAAGACCCAUCAUGCGACCUUCAAGGAUCGCAAAGACUGGAAGCUCGACUUUCGUAAACACUUGCUGAGCCAUCCUUCGUGGGGUCCUUCUCUCUCCAAGACUUCUGUUUUCUUCAGAGGCAUUUUUGAACAUCAGAGUGAGCUGUUCAAGUGCCCUGUUCCCAGCUUCUACUAG